CGAAGUUCAGUUGUUCCUGUCCGUUCACCCUGACCAAGAUAAGCAUCUAGUCUUACGAUGUAUAAAGCGGCCUCGCUCCGUGCAACCCCCUUGGACGUGCGUUACAAGAUGUCUGAGUUGCACAGCGCCAUCGAAAGCGUCGACGUCUCCAAGAUGGAACUGGACACGAUUCAGACCGCGGAAGUACUGCCAGAAUAUGAGAAGGAUGUGGACAGCGAACUACCGCCUGCGCCCAUCCUGUCGCCCGCCCAGCAGAAGAAGUUAUGGCGCAAGGUCGAUAUCCGGAUUGUGCCGAUCCUCUCGGUCAUGUAUCUCUGCUGCUACUUGGAUAGAGGGACUAUCGGCAACGCAAAGCUUCAAGGACUCAUGACGCAGCUAGACCUCACCGGUAACAGGUACAAUAUCGCUUUGACUUUUUUUUAUAUCCCCUAUUGUCUAUUUGACCCACCGGCGAACUUGAUACUCAAAAGGUUGCGGCCAUCUAUAUGGCUUCCAGGCAUCACCGUUGCGUGGGGCUUAGUUCUGGCAUUGAUGGGGCUGGUGAAGAGUUACCCGCAACUGGUAGGCGCGCGACUAUGCCUCGGUAUCGCUGAGGCUGGUAUAUUCCCUGGUGUAACAUACUUUAUGACACUCUGGUACCCCCGCCACAUGGUCCAGACACGCAUUGCUCUGUUCUGUGGCGGCACUACGCUUUCUGGCGCGUUCUCGGGGCUUCUUGCGUACGGAAUCUCGUUUAUGUCUGGUGCUGGCGGUAUGCUCGGCUGGUCUUGGCUUUUUAUCAUCGAAGGGAUCGCAACAGUCGUCGUAGGCACUGUAGCCUUCUUCAUACUGGCACACGUAGACUUCCCAGAAACGGCUACAUUCCUCACAGAUCAAGAGCGCGCCUACAUUGCCUGGACUAAGAGGAUAGACAGUCACGCAGUUAGGGAGGAGGAACGCUUCGAGAUGCGCCAUUUGACCUCCGCAUUGCUUGACUGGCAGAUUUGGCUGCAGAUAGUUCUGUACUGGUGCAUUGCCGCGCCCCUGAACGGAAUGGCGCUUUUCCUACCGUCUAUCAUUAACGGCUUCGGUUAUGGGACUGCCGUGAGCCAACUACUAACUGUCCCACCAUAUAUCUGCGCCACAAUUGUACUCGUCGUAUUCGCGGUAUGGUCCGACCAUAUCAAACUCCGAUCGCCCUUUCUCUUCGCCGGCCUGCUCAUAAGUCUCGUCGGAUUCGUCAUUAACAUCUCCAACGCUCCCAUUGGAGUCAAAUACUUCGGGACAUUCUUCUGCGUGUCCGGCUCAUAUGCAGCGUUUCCCGGCGUGGUCGCAUGGCUUGGAAACAAUCUCGCUGGGCAGUACAAGCGCGCUAUCGGCAUGGGUAUCCAGAUAGGUAUAGGAAACAUCAACGGCAUCGUUGCCAGUAAUCUGUAUCGUCCCCAGCAAGCUCCGCGAUACAUCAUGGGGCAUGGCUUGGAAAUCAUGUUCCUCAGCAUUGGUCUGGUGAUCUUGCCUCUUGUUGUCGCUCUGUACGCGCGGAUCAAUUCCCAGAGGGACAAAGAGAUCGACGGGAUAGAAAAGGGGGCGGUGAGUUAUAGUGACGAGGAAUUGCAGCGGAUGGGGGAUCGCGCUCCGCGGUUCCGAUACAUGCUGUGAAUGCAAGACCGUAUCCGUUCUUCGACUCUGUGUCAUUGUCCAGUCGUUCAUGUCUCGCCCGCCGAUUGUUGUUCGAAGACGAUGACAAGCUGGAUGACGCAUCCCCUUGCUGCUACUAUACAACAUCUCACAGUGAAACCCGUCCUUGAAGAACACUGUGGUGUGAAUCGCCGUCCUAAGCUGCUUACGCUCGCAUGUUCCAGCGUAUGCUGUCCGAUGUCUGCCCACAUGUUCACCCGGCGCUUGUGCGCAUCACACACACGGCGUCUUCAGACCCUUUCCGAGUUCAUGUGGUCAGUGCAAGUGGCUCUCGCUCACCCAGCGGGCCUCCUGCGCGUGAAGAAG